AUUGGGCCAUUGUUUCCCUGUUUGAGUUUAAUUAGCUUGUAAUGCUUCUGUAUUUUAGAAGUACCUUUUAAAUACAGAGCCCCGGAGCUGCUUUUGCGUCUGCCUCUGGGCUUUGCUUAAUUACAAUACAAAGCGUGAUCAGCAGCCAGAGGCUGAGGCGGAGCAGCGGCCGUGAAUGGUCCACUCAUCUGCACAUGAAACGGGAACUGCCCUUGAGUCGUCUGCAUGUCAAAGCGUCUGCUGAGGAGGCUGCCAGCGCCGAAGGCCGUGAGGAGGUCUGGGGUCAGCUGAGGAGCGAUGACGGCGUGGACGACGGCGUCCACCAGGUGGCGACACUGAGACGCCCGUAAGUUAGAGUGUCUGAAAACGGACUGGCAAACGUUUAAAAUGUUGAUAAAUGUUGAUUUUUACCCCAAGUAACAACAUAAAAGAAUAAAGAAGAAACUUUAAUAAAUCUAGAAUGAUCUAAUAAAUAUAUGUACUAUAUGUGGGAACACUUCAUAUAAUUGUAUUUAAACGUGUUUUGUCUUUUGCUGCCUAAUUAGCACAGCCGUGUGAAUCGCAUGCGCUCCUACAGUCUGGGCCGCGGCGCGCGCACUGGGCGGGUCUUGGUUUCAGGCUUGGCUGCCAUUGGCUGGUGUCGUGGUGCGUUGCUCUGAUUUGUCGCAGCAAAAAAAGAAAAGCUCAGCAUCGUCAAAUGCGGCUGUCAGACCGUGGUCUGGCUCGGAGAGGGGACGACACGGACAGAGAGGCUGCUGCUGGUCGGGCCCACAUGUGUGGCGUGGUUCAGGAUUGUCAUUAUUUCACGUUCAACACAUGCAAAGAUAAUUGCACCUGGACCUAAUUUCUGCCGAGGUUUCCUCCAAAAUCAUGCUGUGUUUAGGCGAUUCCGCCGUCUGCCUCCGGGACCACGCGCCGCGGCGGCGCCGGCCGCGGCCGCUGAGCGAGCCGUGCGGCCGCUCCUUCGCCGUGACGCGGCUCUGCCGGCAGCAGGAGAGGCUCCGCCUGCGGGCGUCCGACGCCGGCGAGGCCGGCGCCUACGACUCCGCCUGCUGCCUGGCCACCCCCCUGGAGGAGGAGGAGGAGGAGGGGGAGGGGGGGGAGCAGGAGCACGCACGCCUGGCGCAGGGCUCCCCCAGCAGCGACAAGAGCGUGGACUUUGACUCCGGCUACUCGGAGGCCUCCUGGCAGGACGAGGGCGUGGUGCUGCGGAGGACCAGGAACGUGCGCGUCUCCUCCUCCGCCUGCCUCCGCACAAACAGGGGGCCCUCCGGCCGCGUUCGGCCCAAAUCCACCUCGGACGCGUGUCUGGAGCGCUGGACUUCCUUCGAGGCCGGCGACCCGGAGGACUGGACCACGCUGCUGCUGAGUCGCGGCCGGAACAGGCAGCCCCUGGUUCUGGGCGACAACAGCUUCGCUGACCUCAUUAAGAACUGGAUGGACCUACCGGAGUCCCCCGAGCCGGCGCCGCUGAGGCCCAGCGGGGGGCGGCGGCUCGCCAAGGACAUCCUGGGCAACGUGCGCCGGCGGCUGGCGGGGAUGUCCAAGGCCGCGGAGGGGAGGCCGCGGCCGGCGAGCUCCACCGACGCCAGCAAGGCGGCGGAGGCCCCCAAACGAAGGUCGUGUCCCGUGGGGCUCCAGGGCCUCAAGCCGUUCUUCCACCAGUCCCACACUGGCCUGCAUCAACUGGACUCGGACUUCUACCGGUUCACGGCGCUCAUGAAGACGGGCAGCCGGCAGCCCAUCAUAUGCAACGACGUUAUCGGAUACAUAUGAGUCACAAUAAAUGAGGGUGUUCUGUCCACAGUGCUGAUGUUUGAUACUUGGAAUAAAUGUAUUUAAUGUUUCAUUACUCUAAA